GCGUCAGGCGGAAGUGACGCGCGUCGCGUGCAGGCCCGUAGCGGUGGGGGGGGUUUGGACAAGAUGGCCGGAUCCACAGUUAAAGUACCUCGUAAUUUUCGCUUGUUGGAAGAACUUGAAGAAGGGCAGAAAGGAGUAGGUGAUGGUACAGUAAGCUGGGGCCUUGAAGAUGAUGAAGAUAUGACACUCACCAGGUGGACAGGAAUGAUUAUUGGGCCACCAAGGACAAACUAUGAAAACAGAAUAUACAGUCUGAAAGUAGAGUGUGGACCUAAAUAUCCAGAAGCACCUCCUACAGUUAGAUUUGUAACUAAAAUUAAUAUGAAUGGAAUAAAUAAUUCCAAUGGAAUGGUGGACGCACGGAGCAUACCAGUGUUAGCAAAAUGGCAAAAUUCUUAUAGCAUUAAAGUUGUACUUCAAGAGCUAAGACGUCUAAUGAUGUCCAAAGAAAAUAUGAAGCUUCCACAACCUCCAGAAGGACAAACUUACAACAAUUAAUUUUAGCUGAUUCUCAAACUUCUGUCUUAAAACAACAUCCUUCUACUCAUGUUAAUGUCUUGAUUAAAUCUCACAAUGCAAACACCCACACAUUAAAAGAAUUUCAGCUGGUAUACAUGACCUGGACAUUUGUAAGAAUAUAUAUAAUAUAUGUAUGCCCAAUAUGUUUUCAGGCACUAUGGGAGAAAAAGGCAGCACAAUUAUUUUUUUUUUCUCUUAUCGAGGCACUGUCAUUUAAGUAUAAGCCUGAAAUAGCCUAAAAUUGGAAUUCAGGUUUUUCAAGAUGAAAGCAUGACAGAAAGUGUCAGAUUGCUGUGGAAUAAUAUAUGUUUCUGAAAAUAAUCUCUUGAGAAGGCAAAAUAUAAAUGGCAUGCUUUAUCCAUCUUGCUUAGUAAAAGAGCUGCAGUUAAAUUUGUUUUACAGUAGCAGGUACAGUGAAUACCGUUGCUCAUCUUGUUUAAUUUUGCAAGGGUGUGGGUGCCGACUACUAGUAGUGUCACAAAGUAUGUUCAAGAUUGUUUUGAUACCUGUAUUUAUAAAAUGGGGGGAUUAAUUUCUGUUAUGCAGCUCCUGUGUGUUACAUGUAUCGGACAUGGCAAAUAUUUGUUUACAGUCUCUGUUCUAAUAAACCAUGCAUUUAAGUUUUAGUGAAACAAAGGAAAUGUAUGGAUAUGUGAUUGAGAUUAAAGUUAGUCUUAAAAUGUAAAUAAAAUGUGGAAAGUGUC